AAGUACAGCUACUGGAACUUGUGGAGUUCAAACUGAAGGAAGUGAUUUCCAGGAAGCCUACCUUCCUUGUUACAGUUGUUGGUGUUCCUAAUGUUGGGAAAUCAGCUUUAAUCAACUCAAUUCAUCAAAUUGCAUUGUCCCACUUUCCUGUUAAGCUGUUGGUCUUUCUACUGUCAUUGUCCUAAGAUACCAUUUUUUGAAUACUAAGUCAGUGCGAAUGUGUGUGGAGAUUCGUCAACUACUUACUUGCCAGUGAUUCAGUCCAAACUCAUUGAUCUUGAACAAAUGACAGUCUGGAGUUUUUUACAUGGUAUAGGGGAAGAUGAAGCAAGCCACUGUGGGUCCAUUGCCUGGUGUUGCUCAAGAUAUUCCUAGAUCAAGAUUGCCCAUCAGCCAAGCAUAUAUGUCCUUGAUACACCAGGAAUACUGGUGCCAAGCAAUCCCAACUUAGAGAAAGGGUUAAAACUAGCUCUUGCAGGAUCUUGUAAUGGCAGUCCAGUGUGCACUGUGUGUAACUCAGAAUUCAAUGGCAACGUGGAAGAUGAGAAUGAUUUGGAGUACGUAAUAGAAGAGCAUGAAUUCGAAACGUUACAGAAGGCCCUUGAGGUACCUCAGAAAGCAUCUGAAGUGCGCUUAAUGGUAUCAAAGAAGUUUCUUACAUUGUUCAGGACAGGUAAACUUGGUUCCUUUGUCCUUGAUGAUGUUCCUGAUGCCAAAACCUGUAUCAUGAUGUAACUAAACACCAAUAAGCCCU